AUGGAUUACAUGGAUGUUUUAAGUAUAGUUACCAAAUUCAAGAAGUCCUGCCUUCCACCUCAAUGGGAUAGUAUUUUCACCCUUCUUGUCAAAGGGUUAUCAGAACGCGUUGCAGGUUCUGACGGAGCUAGCAACGGAUUCAUGACCAUUCUAUAUGGUCUUUACCAUGGCAUAAAUCUCGACUAUGGUACUCUUAUCUGGGCUCAGGUGGUGCAAAGUCUCAAUUCUUCAUCGAGUGACUUUGAAAUUUCUUAUGGUCGAUUCUGGACGUUCAUCACUCAACGGACAAAUGAUCACUACAAGAUUCCUAUAAUGACGGAUGCUUUGCUUUCUUCUGUGGCCACUUUUCACACCAAGAAGAUAAUAGUUACCGAUUCUAAUAAGUACUCUUUCAACGAUUCUAUUCCUGAGUCAAUGUACCGGUGUGUUACAAAUCAGAGUCAUGUCAUGGCCGAUUACAGAAAGCUUUCUCCUAUAGGUCCACGAGAACUAACUCUAGAAAUGAAAACUGCAUUGGAUGUUGUUGAGAAUCCAACCAAACGAGGGAAGAAGCCAACCACAAAGAAGGCUGAGACCAAAGGUCCUUCAAACAAAGCUGCAACGCCUAAAAAGCGUAAAGCUGACAAAGAAGCCCCUUCGGCUCCGAAAACGAAGAAGUUCAAGAAGAUGGUAAAGAAACCGAAGGAUCCUUCACCUUCUAAUUCUGAACAUAAUGAGGAGCCACCAGUCGAAGAGGAAGAAGAAGUUCAAGAUGAAGCAACUUCUACAACUACCACAACAACCGAACCUCCGGUUCGUGUCAACGUAUCUGAUACGGGGGCACCUACCAUUGAAACCGAAACCACUGUUACCACAAAACCUCUUUCACCAUCACCUUCAUUAGAUUCAACACCUAUUCUCGGUGGUGAUAAUUUUGAGUAUGACUCUACUUACUACAGUCCUUAUCCGCUUCCAAGUGAAGACGACAAUGAUGCUCCUGUGACGACACAACAGUUAAAGGAUCUUAAUGCUAAACUUGAUAAGUUGAUUGCUUCAUCAGCUACUUAUUUUAAUGUGGUUAUGAAGGCUUUUCUUGACACAUCUCUUCAACGGUAUACCGAAUCCAUUGACAAAUCCACAAAAGCAGUGAAUGCCUCCACAUCUUCAUGCAAGAAAGCGACAAUCGAAGUGGCAGAUCUCAUUCGUGAUUCAAAGAUCUUCUUAGAAUCCUUCAAAGGUCAUGCAGAUUCCAACGCUGCCAAAGUAAAUACCACGGUUGAUUCGCUCUCCAACUCUCUUCAAGAAGAGAAGGCAAAGUUUGACACAGGUAGGUCUGAAAUCAAAGAUGAUCACUCUUCUCAUAUUACUUCGGUCAAUGCUCAACUUGACAAGCUUCAUGCUGAUCUGGCCAUGGAAAAUAAGAUAAUGGAUGAACUUGCUCGGAAAUCAACAACAAUUGAAGUUCAGAAUGUUCAGCUUGCUCAACCGAAGAAGGAGAUUGACACAUUGAAGACCGAACGGGCUGUUCUGAGAAGUUGUACCGGUGACGUUUUGCCUCUUCUGGGUAAUCUUGUUAAUGCCCAUGACCCGAUUCUCACUCUUAAAAUCCGAAAUCACUUGACAACAAAACUCCUUCCUGCAAUCGAAAUGUUAAGUCAAAUGAAGGGUGUUACGGAGCCAAUUGUUACUCCGCAACAAGGGGGAGAAAGUUUUAAAACUACUACAGUUCCACCCAAAGUGACUAUCAAAACGGAACCGAAGGUUAAUGAAGCUUCGGGUUCUGGUGUUCAAAACAAACCAAAGGGUACCUCUGAUGAUAGUGAUGAUGAAGAAGAAACAAUAGCAGAGGCUCUGAAGAGAAAGAAAAGAGAUAAAGAGAUAGAUGAAAACCUUCGAAUAGCAAGAGAAGAAGAAGAGAGAGAGAGCGCAAACAAAAAGAAGAACAUGAUGCUAUAG